AUGGUAGCAUUCAUGCUCAACCUCCGCCCAGGUCUUGCAGGAGACAAGGGAGACAAGGCCUACCUCCUCCCGGACCGCCUGCAGCACCCGUCCAUCCAGCCGAGGCGAACGGGGCUGGGCGGCUGGGUCUCGCUCCACCCUUCAGCAGUCGAGGUCGUCGCCGCAGACCCGAACGAAAAGUCCAGUAGAGGCCUCAUUGGGCCGCUGUUCAAGGGCCUGAGCGCCAUCGUCCAGUCUGCGGGACUGCACCCGAAAGACCUCCACCGCCCGACAAAGCUGAAGGAAAUGGUCGCGGACGGGCUGCGCAAGCGCGUCGUGCAAGAGCUGGACAUUGUCCGGUCGGCCGUACGCGGUUUCCCGGGCCCGCACGCCGUUGUUCCGCUGGGUAUCGUCGCGCACGAGGCCGUUGCCGCGGGUAAAGUGCCCGAGGUGGCGGACGGCCGCGUCGUGGCCGUGUUGGACAUGGACACCAAGCCGGCCCCACACCGCGCCGUGGCCGGCAUCUUCCUCACGACACAGGAAGGGAAUGCCAACGUGCCGUAUUACCGCCUGCACGACCUGUUCAAGCACAGAGAGUACGCGGCCCAAGUCACGAGCCAUGUGCGCGACGUUGUCGCCGCGGACAGGCAGCGGACGACCGUGGACAAGGAAGACGCCGUGGCGGCAGAAGGGUACGUCCCACAGGCGGUCGUGGACCACGUCCAGACGGCCACGGAGCAGGUCGAGGCGCACGCGAUGGACGACGAGGCGCGCCUCGUCGCACUGGUGGUGCCCAACACGGCUGCACCUGGCCGGCCGAGGGACCUUGUCGUCCCAACGGUCAUUGCGCUCUGGCGCGUGGCGCUGUAUGAAGGGAUUGGGUGGGAGGUGGACAUGCCUGAACGGUAUGUGCAGGGUCUGGAAAAGAUCAAGGCCAAGGGACAGGCAAAGGUCAAAGCAGGCAAGGGACAGGCCAAGGACGACAAGAAGAAGAAAUGA